AUGGCAGAUGGAUGGACAGACAUUAGACAGAGGUCUUUGAUUAACUUUUUAGUUAUUGUCCAAAAGGAAUUUCAUUUGUCAAAUCUAUUGAUGCUUCUGAUAUUUGUUCAACUGCUGAAGAAUUAUGUAAGUUGUUUUGUGACAUUGUGGAAUGGGUUGGUCCACGUAAUGUUGUACACAUGUGUUGGAGAGCUGGAAACCGUCCAAAGUUUGGCUAUUCUUGCUUCAAAGGUGACUGUCUUUGUCUACGAUCACAAGGUGACAUUGAAUUGGCUAAGAAAGAGAAAAGAAUGGCGAGAAAUUAUCCGUCCUGGUGCGACCCGUUUUGCUACUACCUUUAUCGCUUUACAAAGCUUACAAGCGCAUAAGGAUGAUUUGCAGGGUUUGGUCCUUAGCGCUGAGUUUAAGAAAUAUUCGAAAGUGCAAAGAGCUAAAGAAGUAAAACAAAUUGUAUUGGAUGAGAAAUUUUGGGAUAAUUGUUUGAUGAUCAUGAAGAUUAUGACACCGUUGAUACGCUUGUUACGGUUGUGCUUGUUACGGUUGUGCGAUACUGAUGAGAAACCAUCCCUGGCUUAUAUAUAUGAGGGCAUGCACAGGGCACGUUUGGGGAUUAUGAAUAUUUUUAAAAAUAAGAAAAGACUCUACACGCCCUACACUGAUAUUAUAGACAGGAGAUGGGAUCUUAUGUUGACAAAAGAUCUUCAUGCAACAGCAUAUUAUUUGAACCCUGCUUUUCAAUACGAUCAAUCUUCUUACUGCAAAAAGCCUGAGAUUAUGUGGGGAGUGCUAAAUGUGUUGGAUAAGGUGGAAGGCGAGGAGGGCCUAGCAAUACUAGAUGAGUUAAGAAUUUUUCGAGAGCGUGAGAAGGGCUUUUCUCGUCCAAAGGCAAUUGCUUGUUGUAAAUCCACUAGACCAGAUAUUGGAGAGCAUGACUUGGAGGAAUAUCAAAUAGAAGAUGGAGAUGGAAAUCGAGAUAGAGAUGGAGAUGGAGAUGAGGGCGAGGAUGACCUUGAUGAGUGA